UGUCAGGGCCUGGGUAUCGCGACAGGGGAGAGGUUCCCAGCUGCCGCCCACGUGCGCGGCCUUUAGGCUGUCACAGUGGGGGACCGCAGGGCAGGACUGUCACGAUAAGAUCGGGGUUGUCGGGCCAGUCCUGGCAGCGCUGUUGUGACAGAAGCGGGUCCGCGAAGCCAUCGCAGGCAGGGCUGUCUCGACAGGAGCGGUGCCUGUGCCCCCAGGCCGGCCCCGUCCCCGCGUCCCGCAGGUGGCGGCGGUGCCCGGGCACGGCCCCGGGCACGGAUCCGGGGAUGGACCCGGGGAUGGACCCGGGGAUGGACCCGGCCGGAGCUCUCCCGGCGCUGGGGCGGGAGCUGCGGGCUGCGCUGGCGGAGGACGAGCGGCGGCAGCGGGAGGGCGAGGCCAAGCUGCGGGCGCUGCGCCAGGGCGUCCCCGACUACGGCCAGUUCAGGGAGAUUGUGCUGGCCUCACACCUGAAGCCUCUGGAGAAGAAGGACAGGCUGGGACAGAGGAGGAAUGUGCUGUGGAAUCCCUGUGCAGCCCUGGCCAAGGCAGCACCCGCCCGCACUGUGGAGAUCCCACAGGAACUGGAUCAGCUGCCCAGGACCGCUGCGGAAUUUCACAGAGAUUGGCGCAGAUGCUUCAAAAGUGGGACAGAGAAAUACCAGUUUUUGCUGGAGCUUGGAGGGGAGGCCUUGGGCAGGAUCUUCCAGGCUGAUGUGGGCUUUGGCCUCCUGGGGGAAUUCCUGACAGUUUUGGCAGAGAACAUCUGUCCUGGAGACAGAACAGCCAUCCUGCAGAUCCUGCAGAGCCUGGUGGGCACCGGGCGCUUCAGGCUGAAUGUGGCUCUCCUGAGCCAGGCAGAGAAGGAGAGCAGACAGGAUUUGUUCAGGAAGCUGCAGAGCAGGGAUUGUCAGGCUGCUGGCCAGCCUGGCAGCCCAGCCAGCUGUGAGGCAGGGAGGGAAACCCAUGCCACGGAGACCCACUUGGAAAAUGAAACUGAGGAGGAGAGGAUGGUGGUGGAGCUGGUGAAGUGUUACCAGGUCAGCUGAGGGAGCAGGAGCACCAGGAUUCAGCAGGAAUAGGAUAAAAGAGGCUCAGAAAAAAGUCCAAGCUUUACUUUGCCAUCACCCAUGGCACAAAUAAAGUUUAGCUCCCAAGCUGUGGUGCUGUGAUCUCUGAGCAGGGUGUCCUCACAGAUGGGUAUGGGAAAGUCUCUUGGAUAAGGAGAAAACGGAGGGAAAGAAAACAUUGAGUGGUAGUUUUGAAGGAGAAACCCAAACAAAUGGCAGUCAUCCCAGCAGCUGGAACCACAUAGUCCCAUCUGCCCUGGAGAAACCACCAGGCACCUGAUGGAGGGUCCAGGUUCAUUCCCAGGCCUGGCAUGGGAAUAUUGGGCUUUGUGGUGCCACUUGAGGGGAUAUAUGUGUCCCUGCACUCUGCCGUGGGGCCAUUCCUGAGGAUAGCUGAGGGCUGGAGACUUCAACAAAAGAACAUCCUGGAGUUAUCCAAGAUCAGGAUGGAGGGUUUAGAUGCCAGAACAGCCCCAGCUCUGGUGGGAGCAGCACACUGCUUGAGUGGUGCCAAGGCUCAGGGUGAGGAUGUCAGGGCUGGAAGUAGCCUGCUGCAUCCCCACCUCUGAGAAAGGCAAAAUCCCUGGGGUUUGGUGGGAAGACUCAGGAGAAAUGCAGUGGAGCAGAGAUUGUGUGAAUGGUGACAGAGGAUGGGGCUGUGAAACCCACUGGGAGCCUUUCCAGGUCAGCCAGUUUAUGGUGUGACCUGAGCUGCAAAGAGUGGAGCUGAGGGGUCAGGUGG